UUUCCUCACACCAGAAUAUAAAAAAAGGCUCAUUCAAGAAACCCCCGGUGCUGAGGGUGGUGAUGCGCUGGUCUGAAGCCAUGCUACAUGCAGCUCUUGAUGAUGUAGACUGGGACAUUUUCCGAGCGAGUUCCUCUGAUGUCACUGAGUUCACGGAUGUAGCAUAAAGCUUUGUAAACACGCUAGCCGAGCAAGCAGCUGAAUCAGUAACUAUAAGGACCUUCUAUAAUCAGAAACCGUGGGUGGACAGACAAAUCCAUGCAGCAGUAAACAAACACACUGCUUCUUACAACACCGGCCUUUUGUCGGGAAACAUCAUGCAAUGCUCUCUGAUGCUUAGUAAGAGCCACCAAACUCGGAUACAUGAAAUGAAUAGAGACUCAUUUUCAGCUCAAUGUCCCCCUACGUCUAAGGACCAUAUGUGCCUUUGGAAACAAAUCCUCUGCAGAGGUGAGAGCAUAUGCAUUGCUGGCUGAUGAACUAAACUCUUUCUAUGGUCAUUUUGAAAAUAAUCUAAGUAGCCAUGCAAUUUUUAUUAUUAUUAUUAUUUUUCUUUUGUGAAAAACUAUUGAAAACUAAAGUCGGUAUCAUUCAUAAUCUCUGAUAGUAAGCCAUUAAACAAUGCAACUGAACCCAAUAACUGAUUUGUGAACAAAAUUAGAUCAGUUUAAUGAUCUGAAUAAACUGAUUCACUGAAAAAUACAUCUGAUCAAUAUACCAAACAUGAGGUGCUUUACUCAUUUUCACUGAAAGGUCUUUACAUAUUCAUUAAAAACUCCUGUUUUUUAACCUUAUUUUGUUCAUAAAGCACCUUACACGAUUUGGGACUUGACCUCAAAACACUUCCGUUCUGCAGUUCUCGGUGACUCUGAAAAUAGCAUCUAAAAGAAGCAUAGGUGUCAAUAUAAAAUAUGCAAUCAAUAAUAUAGAUAUUGAGCACAAUUAAUUUAUGAUAUUAAUUUAAUUUUAUAUAUUCUGAUACAUUUUAAGUUCACUGGAUUAAGGCAGGUAACUCUUUCACCUUCAUGUGCUAAUUUGAAGCGGGGCUGCUACAUCUAACCACAUGGUCACCACACCACACAUGGUACCAUUUAGCAUUAAUUUUUUUGUUAUGCGUAUUAAGAGGUAUGUUACGGGAAGUCACAUUGGCCUCACCUACUAAAACUUGAGUCUCAAAACCAGAGGACAGCAGGGUACAAACACGACUGCUUCCACCAUUGACAUUACUUAGGUCAAACCUAUGACAAUGUCUGAGCCUGUUUAUGCCAAUAUAAUUACUGAUGGAACACAUAAUGACAGACGUAACAAGAGAAACCAAACACCCCAACAAACAGGAAGUGAUUCAGUGAAGAGCAGGAGCUCCAGAGCAGCUGUAGUGUGUUUGGUUCUGCUGUGUGUUCUUCUGCUGACUGCAGUCAUAGCACUGUGUGUCCACAUCCAUACAAUCAACACAAACUACACACAAGAGAGAGACCAGCUACUAACCAAGAUUAACAGCCUCACAGAAGACAGAGAUGAGCUACAAACCAAGAUUAACGGCCUCAACGAAGACAGAGGUCAGCUACUAACUAACAUUACCAUUAUCAGUGAAUGGAUUUAUUAUCAAUCCAGUUUUUACUACAUGUCCAAUGAGAGGAAGAGCUGGACUGAGAGCAGACGAGACUGUUUGAAGAGAAAAGCAGAUCUGAUCAUCAUAAACAACAGAGAGGAAUCUGAUUUUGUUCAGAACCAUACUGUUAAGAAAGAAUUCUGGAUUGGUGUGACUGACAGUGAUGUGGAGGGCAGCUGGAAAUGGGUUGAUGGCAGCGCACUGAACUCUGAGUUGUGGGCAUCUAGAGAGCCAAAUGGAGGAAGAGUAGAGAACUGUGCUGUGACUUAUUUAACAGAGAGGCCUGAUUUAUUAGGGUUGAUUGAUGUUAGAUGCAAUAAUGCUUAUCAAUGGAUCUGUGAGAAGAGUAUAUGGCCCUAGGAACAUGUACACCUUUAACCAUCAAAUCAAGGUCUUCAGGAUCACUAAGAUUCCAGGCAGGUGUUUCGGAGCUAAAGUCUUCCGUAUGAUGACCGUGGACUGGACACCCCUGAUUUUAAUGGAAUACCUGUUUAGGCCUUAUACUGUACUGUGCAAACACAUUUCACUUGAUAAAAAAAUGAAGGAAUUGUUCACCUAAAAAUUACAAAUUGGGCAUUAAUUACUCACCCAGUUGCUGUUCUGAAGCUUUAUUGCACAACUCUGUGGAAUUCUUGAUUCUGAUUGGUCAGUCGCGACAUUCCGAGUUGUGUUAUCCCUCGAUGGCAACCGGUAAAAGCUGAUAACUCCUGCUCAUCUGGGAAACAGCAGUCGGCGCUGUACUCUUGCUAAGAACAUGUUUUUCUUGAUGGAAGCUUUGUGUUUGAUAAGUUAAUGAAAUAUUAAAACAUCAAAAUGGUGAACAGUUAUUUAAUUAUGUCAUCCUGAUAUUGUGGACUCGCUCUCUCGUUUCAUACAAAUGUAACUGCUGCCAUUUUGCUGCGAUUGUUUUUGUACGCCGUAAUGGAUUAUAAGAUAAUUAAUAAAUUGGUAAGAUUUUAAAAGUUUCGGCUUAAAUAUUUUAUUGCCUUAAUUAUUAAUGUGGUGAAAUGUUGUGUAAAGAGUGGUUUGACAGCACCGUUUCCCUUAAAUGUCCGUUUAGAUUGAACUUGUUGCUUGCUCGCAACUGAUGUGUUCAUGGAAGCUUUUCAAUUAAAUAUUUCAACUCAACUCGAUAUCUCGUGCCUACUUAUUUACUUAUGUGGCAAGCAGCCGUGUAAUAAGUGAGAUAAUGUACAUCCAGCAUGUUUUCUCAGAAUAAAUCCUGAUCACCCUGUCAGGGUUUAUUAUGAGAGAAAAACCAGCUGGAUGUACAUUAUCCCUUACUUAUCACAUGACUCUCAGGAAUACUUGAUUCUGAUUAGUCAGUCAUUACAUUCCAAGGUCUGAUAUUUUCUGAUAAUGAACGACUUCAACAGCAAGUCUGCAUAACAGACCACUAACCCUGGUAUCUUAAAUGUGUAAUGUGCAAAUGUGAAUCUUGUUCAUUUGUAGCAACUGACUAAAACGUGUUUUAUUUCAUAAAAGCUUCGAGUUCUGAGCUAAUGCAGUAUUUCAACUAUUUUAUUUUAUUACUUUUUUUUGCAUUGUGCCCUGAUCAAACUGAUCAACCACUUUAUUUAGUGAUAAUAAUAGCGUGGGUGUACUGUAUAUUGUAUCUUAUGUUCUUCAUCUUCUAUUUUGGACC